AUGGCCAUUUGGUCAUUCUUUCUGGCGAUCCAAAGCCUUCAAUUGAUUGCUGAAGCGUCUAACGCCUCUUCCCAUCUGUCUAGUCGUGCGGAGGAAACCGGAAAUUCCCUUCACGAGCGCAGCACUGGUCUUUAUGCCGCGGUGCUGGGUGGUAACGGUAUGGUCGCCGACGGCUGGCCCGGCCUUGACCAAUGGAUUGACUCUUUUGAAGCCAUGUUUGAGAAUAACAAGGCCAUCAUGUCCGCGAGUUGCUCCCAGUGGGGUCUACCCAAUAACUCAGAUGACGAGACCAAUUCCAUCAAGGAUGCCAUCCUCCAAGUGGAGCAGUCGAGCGGCGUCGACGCGCGCUUCAUCUUGUCCGUCGUCAUGCAAGAAAGCAAAGGGUGCGUUCGGGUUCAGACCACUGACAAUGGUGUAAUCAACCCCGGACUGAUGCAAAGCCAUGAGGGGUCGGGUUCCUGCAACAGGGAUGGAGCCAUCCAGAACCCUUGUCCUGAAAGCGAGAUCCAUCAAAUGAUCAUGGAUGGCGUCGAGGGAACCCCAGACGGGCCUGGCCUGAAGGCACUGAUAGCCCAGGAGGGCGGUCCAACAAAUGUGGCUUCAUUCUACAAGGCCGCUCGUGCUUACAAUUCCGGCGCUGUUGCCUCUAGCGGCAACCUAGGUCAGGGAAUUGCCACUCACUGCUACGCCUCGGACAUUGCCAAUCGCCUUAUGGGCUGGACCGAUGGCCCUAGCUUGUGCGCUCCAAAUGUGAUCGGCAUGUUAUCCGCUGCACAUUGGGAGGGCAACAGUGCCAGUGCCUGUAGCCGCACUUCGACCACCACAAAUUCUCGACUUGCCAUUCCAUCGCACUUAUACUCGUUGUCAUCCAACACAAAAUCAUGCUCGCUUCAUUCGUCGUUUACGCCAGCAUUUGCCACCACAACUUCUGCACUGCUCUCUCCUAGCACGGCCUCAUGUGCUUGUAGCAGGAGGCGCCUUCAGCACACGCGAGCUCUAGGCAAAUGA